AUGACAACCCUCGAAGACCCAACCAACGCAACCCGCGCAACCCCAACAAUAACCCCCAAAGCCGCAACCCUCCACAUCGGCAGCUCAACCCUCAUCAGCGCCCCAGCAGCCAAAGUCUGGAGCACCCUAACAGAUACCUCAACCUGGCCAGCCUGGAACUCAUUUGUACCGCGUGUAACAAUCCGCUCACAACCAUCCAACACAACCACGCCCAAUGACAUCACCAACGACCCCUCUCCAACCCUCCAAAAAGGCACCCGAUUUAUCUUCCACGUCCGCAUGGACCCAACCUCAACCUCCACAAAGCCCCAGGCCGCAACAGACGUCUACGGUCUCGUGACUGAGUGCGCAGCUCCGAACGCCGAGACAGGCGAUAUCGGCCGCAUUGUUUGGACAGUUGAUCCUGAUGCGCCGGGCGCGAUGCCGCAGUCGCUUUUGAAGGCGGAGCGGGUUCAUGAGGUUACGGCUGUUGAGGGUGGGACUGAGGUGCGGAAUUGGGAGGCGCAGGUUGGGUGGCUUGUUUGA